GACAGAUUGAUCAAUAACUGGACCCCGCCUAUUUAUACUGCUUUAUCGUUCAUAUUCCAUCCAUUUGCCAAACAGUAACUAGAGCUUCCAUCGAACUGCUCUUUAUUCAAUCUACUAGACACAAGCAGAGAAUCGUCUCAUCAUCAAAACUACGUCUCCAUAAAGCCAUUAUAACAUCAUUAUUCAUCUAAACAUUGAUAAACAUGGCUCCAUCUUACCCCGGUGUCCUACACAACUAUGCUCCCCGUCUAGUCGCGUUUGAAUUCGCCCAACCAUCUACACCCCCUAAACCUAACAGUCUGCUCUUCAUUGGCGGUCUAACGGACGGACUCUACACCGUCCCCUACGUAGAGGAGAUCGCCAAGGCCCUUGAACCAACAGACUGGUCUCUCUUCUCUCUCGUACUCACAUCCUCCUAUGACGGCUGGGGUGUUGGUAGCCUGGACCGAGAUGUUGAAGAAAUCGCCCAAUGCGUGUCCUACGUCCGACAGCUCAAGACGCAAGAUGACGCGAAAAUCGUCAUCAUGGGCCAUUCCACCGGCAGCCAAGAUGUCCUGCACUACCUGCACUCGGCAAACCCUGCCCCCAAGAACCCGGAUAUUGACGGGCUCCAGCAAAUCGUCCGUCCCCCCGUGGACGGGGCAAUCAUGCAGGCCCCCGUGUCUGAUCGGGAGGCGAUGCUGACAGGCGCCAAGGGGAGUUCUGAGGCGCAGGAUGCCUGGGAGAAGCUGGUGGAGUUUGCGCAGAAGGAGCCUGCGCGGACUAUCUGUCCGAUUGAGCUUAUGGAGAAGGUGGGGUUACCGUCUGGGGCUCCUGUGAAUGCGAGACGGUUUUGGAGUCUGGCGAGUCCUGAAAGUCCUGCGAAGCCGGCAGAGGAUGACCUGUUCAGCUCCGAUUUGACGGAUGAAAGACUGAAUGAGACUUUUGGGCGGGUUGCAUCGCGUGGCCUUUUGCGGUCGACGCUUGUGGUGCUAUAUUCUGGGAAUGAUGAGUAUGCGCCAGAGAAUCUCGAUAAGGAGGCAUUGACGCAACGGUGGAAGCGUGCAACAGAUGCUGGAGGGGUGAAGAAAUGGGACGAUGAAGCUAGCGGGGUUAUUCCAGGCGCGAGUCACAAUGUGAAAGACGACGGACAGGACUUUUUGAUCGACAGGGUUCUCAACUAUCUGAACCGGGUUUGAGGAGGGACAGCGCUACAUGUAGGACGGGAAAAACAAAGAAACCAAAAAGGGAAAAGAUAUUAUGAGAUGAUAGAUCCAGUGGAAAUCUUGCCACUCUAAUAUACAUGACAUAGGAAAACGGAUGCAGGGGUCAUCGCAGACGGAGGGUAGGAAGUUUAGAGACUCAUGAUUCCUCCAUGCCCG